AUGGCUUCAUGGAAGAAAACUAUUGCAACACCAUUCAAGAAAGCUUGCACUUUCUUCAACCAACAACCACCAAGAGAACAUAAGAAAUCUCAAAUAGAACAAGAGAAUCGUGUAAUGGAUCUACAUGGUGAAGUCAUGGCUUGUGGUUAUGAAGAUGUUCAUGUUAUGUGGUCGAUACUUGAUAAAUCCAAAGCAUCAUCUUGUAAUAUAACUUCUUCAUAG